AUGAAGAGGGAGGUUUCUUCCAUGAAGAAAGAGAUUAAAUCUCUUGAAUUAAAGAUGAAGAGGUUGGAAGACCAGGCCGAAGCUACCACCAAGGCCCAACAAAUGGCCGAGGAGAAAGCCGAAUCCGCUGAGGCUGUUAAAAAAGUUACUGAAGCCGAGAAGAAAGAGGCUGAAGCUAAGAAGAAGCUUGAUCUUCCUGCUGACUCGCCAUUGCGCCAGGCCGACGCUAUUCCUUUACCAUUUCCCCCACCUCCACCUAAGGGUGUCGUCGAAGCCAAGUCCCCUCCUCCAACUGAGCAGGUUAUGGACUUAACUUUGGAUGAGGAGGGUGCUGAGGUUGAGGAGGUAGCCGAGGAAAUUGUCACUGGGCAGCUAUCGUCCAAUCUUCUCUUGGUGGAAAGAAGUGUUGAGAAUACAUUAGCAGAGAUUGAUGCCGAGAUACAUGCGGAAAAAGCAGCUGAGGAGGUUCUACCAGAAUCGUCCGAGGUCCCAGUCCCUGCAACUGUUAAUACUGAAGAGUCUUGA